AUGGCUGUCAAUCAAUCUGCUACCCCACCCUUGAAAGACUGCCGAACGUGCAAUAGACGAAGGAUAAGAUGUGAUCGUUCACUCCCUACUUGCCAAAAGUGCAAAAGCCGGAAUCUGGAAUGUCCGGGAUAUGGAGUUAAUUUUCGAUGGAAAGAGGCGACCAAGGCGCGACUGCUUUCAAAUCGACCUGUGCCUUCCCGUAUAUCUCCAGAAAAUACCAUCUUCCCUACAGGUGAUCAGUCAACUCCCAAUCAAAAUGGAAGAACGUCUAUCAAUCAAGACCAAAGCAUUUCUUCCGAGACGAGAGUUUCCUCGGCCCCAAGUCUGCCGGAAAGCAUUCAAGAUCCAGUAUCUCGUCAGCUGCUGCAUCACUUCAAUCAAAUCCUCGCACCUCUACUUGCCUGGGUAGACAGCACUGAUAAUCCGUGGCAAAAUAUAAUUUUGCCACUGGCAAUCGAGUCUCCUCCAUUGUUGCACUCGUUAUUAGCUAUGGCAGCUGGUGACAUAUCUGAUCGAUACUACGGAUGUGCUCACAUGGCUGCCGACACUGUCUACGGCUUCACACGGAAUCGCAAUAAAGCUCUGGAGCUCCUGGCCGAGCACCUCAGACAAGAUUUAGCAGUCUCGAAUGCCAGUAAUCUUCAAUCUCAGGCAAAUAAUCACAUCCUGGCCAGCAUCGUCGUCUUGUGUUAUCAUGAAAUCAAAUGGCCUUCGUCUGGCUUGUGGAAAGUGCAUCUUCGAGCUGCAAGGACGAUGAUACGAAGAUGGUCGACCACAGAUUUUAUCAGUCCCACCUCCGAUACUACUAGAUCAUUCUUGAUUCAAGAGUUGUCUGCUACUCAGGCUAUGGCUUCAGUCACGAGUUUUAUGGAUGAGGAACCAGUUCGCGUCAGAGUUCCAAACGACCACAGAGCCCCAUUCUUAGGCUUCCUUCAUAUUGUUCAGGCUGUUUCUUUGGCUGCGCGCAAAGAACUUCAUGCGCCAAAUGUUUCGAUCUGCCUUAUGGACGUUGGCCAUUUCUUCCAGGGACUUGAACGAGCAAAACAACAUGCCUUUGCGGUCGGUCUAGGGUUGACAUUUCGUUCCAGCCAGUCUCAGCUUGACUUUGAACAUAUGGUCAACAUGUACUACGAGACAGGAUAUAUCUAUACUUUCCAAACUCUGUCGUCGCCAGAUAAUGCUGCAGCGGAGAUCAGACAGUCCCAUUCUCGUCUAAUGGGUCACUUGCACCAACUCGCUGACACUUCUUUGUUCGCUCAAGACUUGCCCUGGCCACUCUUCAUUGCCGGCACCGAGUGCGGUGGUCGAAUUGAGGAGCAGCAGUACAUUGAGAGCAGAAUGAACGAGAUGGUAAGAUUGACAGGAACACUGGAUCGAAUGAAAGCACUACGAUUCCUGAAAGAGUUCUGGACAUCACAAAGCCAUGCUUCGGGGAUUACUUGGAUACAACUCGCGAAGACUUGGGCACAAAGAGGAGACAGUUUCUUGAUUUGGUAG